AAAGAAAUAUUGAUAAAUAUAAAUUAGAAAAAUGUUGGCCAAUAAUUAAGGAAAUGGCAGAUUCAAAAGAUUUUCUUAUCUUUCUACAAUCACUUGUAGGCCAUGAUUUAAAAAAUUUAAUUAAUGGUGUAGAUGAUCAUUCUGAUGAACGUUUGAUACAGGAAGAUACGGUUUCAACAUUUAUCCGAGUCAAACAAAUUUUGGAGCCCUUAGUGACUAAAAGUGAAGAUUCGGCUGAUUUAGCAGUAGAAAAGUUUUUGAGAAGUCUAUUCAAUGUAAUCUCUAAGAAUCAGACACUCUCUGGCAAACUGAGAUUAUGUAAUGCUCAUGCUCAAGCAUUAAAAAAUAUGUACGAAAACAUUUCGAAUCGAGGUGAAGUUACAAAAGAAAGAAUCUACUAUGCAGUAACAAAAGGAGAGUACACUUUUCAGAGAAUAGAUGAUGAAGAAUACAAAUGUACUGCAACAUUAUCAUAUCAAUCACAUAAUGCACGGGAUGUAAAUGCAUUAACAAAGUAUACCUUUAAUGAUCUACAAGACCUACGUGGUCGUGCUCUUUUAAUUGCCAAAAGUCCUGUUAACACAAAGACAUCAGAUGAUAGCAGUAAAAGUAGUGAAAUCUCUGCCUUCCAUAUGAAUGAAUUUGUUGUCCAAGUUGACCUGGCACAACAGAUAAUUAACGUAUCUUCGCAGCUUGUAGAGCUUGGCCAUUUUGAUUACCGAAAUUUUAAAUAUUCGACGAAGUCUGCGAGACAAAGCGCAGAACUAUUACAAACUUUAAAUGAAAAUUUGCAGGAGUGGAAAGACAUAGUUGAUCUUGCACAGCAAGACCAUUAUUAUUUAACCUUCUUUCUAGCUAGGCAAAUUUUGGUCUUUUAUGAUUAUUUUACAUCAACAUCAAAAUCUAAUGGGGAAAACAGUAAAGAUAAAUGUAGAAUGCUUUUACGGUUAGUCAAUGACAAAGCCGAAUUACCACCUACAGUAGAAAAACAUAUUGACAGUACUGAUACUCAUCUUGAUAUCCUUUGUGGAAUUGGAGAAAGGUUAAGCGAAAUAUUUGACAAAGUGCCAGCGAAAAAACGUCCAAUAACAGCUGAUGUUGAACAAAUAAUGUCCGAUGUGGUUCAUCCAGGACAACUUUUUGUUGCUGCAUGCACUGAUAAAUUCAGAGUACCAAAUAUUAUAAUGAGCUUAUAUGCUGUUAACCUAAACCGAUGUUAUCCAGAAUCAUGGCAAUUACUAAUUUGUAAAGCAUCUACUACAGCAGAAGAGCUCUUAAUUUUUACUAAACGAUGCUUCUUUGCUGAAAAAAACGGAUAUGGAGAUCAAUUAUUUUGUAUAGCUAACGUAGAAAAUCUUGAUUUUGAAUUGCAGUAUAAUUUAGUUACGCAUAUACGUUCUCUUUCUCAACAAGAGAGGCAAUUUAAUUUAGCAUUAAUUUGCUGUCGUGAAAAUGGCAUGCAUCAUCAUAUACUUGAUCAAUUUUCUGAAUAUGUCCAUAUAACUAAUGGACUUAAUGCAGAUUCAAUGCGAAACAUAUAUAAGGAAUUGUGUCCGAAUGUAUUCACUAUUUCUUCAGAUUUAUCCGGGCAAGGAAAAACAGAAUGGAUUAAAGAAUAUAGUUUUGAUAAUGGUCUAAUUCCACGAAGUGUCUUAGUAAGUGAUGGUGUCACUUUUGAAAAACUAGUUAAACAAUUAUCUGAAACUAAAAUCAAGGCUAUCGAAAGCCUACAUCUUAAUAUCGUGUUGAUAAAUCAUCCUUAUGAUGUGAACAUGUUUUUAUUUGAACUAUUGACAUUUAGAGUGGUAUCAAAUGGAAUCAAUAUUGCUUUCAUUCCAUCGAAAACAUUAGUAUUUAUAGAAGUUGCCUCUACUAUGAAUCAAUAUUUGUUAAAUUCAUUACCAAUUACCGG